GCUCUCUCUGCGUGAUUGCCGGCGUGACUUUGAAAGCUUCCAGAAGUGGUGCUGGUUGCUGGGCAAAGCCGGAGCCGCGAAACUUUCGUGCCAGUUCGGCGCUGGUCAUGAGGCUGCUGGGAGCCGCCGCCGCCGCGGCCGUGGGGCGCGGGCCUCUCCCGCGGGUGCCCGCCUCCCUGGGCUGGCAGGGGAAACAGGUUAAUUGGAAGAUCUGCCGAUGGUGUUCAUCAGGGGUGAUUCCUAAUGAAAAGAUACGAAAUAUUGGAAUCUCAGCUCACAUUGAUUCUGGGAAAACAACAUUAACAGAACGAGUGCUUUACUACACUGGCAGAAUUGCAAAGAUGCAUGAGGUGAAAGGUAAAGAUGGAGUUGGUGCUGUCAUGGAUUCCAUGGAACUAGAGAGACAAAGAGGAAUCACUAUUCAGUCAGCAGCCACCUAUACCAUGUGGAAAGAUGUCAAUAUCAACAUUAUAGAUACUCCUGGGCACGUGGACUUUACAAUAGAAGUAGAAAGAGCCCUGAGAGUACUGGAUGGUGCGGUCCUUGUUCUGUGUGCCGUUGGAGGGGUGCAGUGCCAGACCAUGACUGUUAAUCGUCAGAUGAAGCGCUACAAUGUUCCUUUUCUAACUUUCAUUAACAAACUUGACCGAAUGGGCUCCAACCCAGCCAGGGCCCUGCAGCAAAUGAGGUCUAAACUAAGUCAUAAUGCAGCAUUUGUGCAGUUACCCAUUGGUUUGGAGGGUGAUUUUAAAGGUAUUAUAGAUCUUAUCGAGGAACGAGCUAUCUACUUUGAUGGAGACUUUGGUCAGGUUGUUCGAUAUGAGGAGAUUCCAGCAGAAUUCAGGGCGGCAGCAGCUGACCACAGGCAGGAGCUGAUUGAAUGUGUUGCAAAUUCAGAUGAGCAACUUGGUGAGAUGUUUCUGGAAGAAAAAAUUCCCUCAACUUCUGAUUUGAAGCUUGCAAUUCGAAGAGCUACUCUAAAUAGAUCAUUUACUCCUGUCUUUUUGGGAAGUGCCUUGAAGAACAAAGGAGUUCAGCCACUUUUAGAUGCUGUUUUAGAAUACCUCCCAGAUCCAUCAGAAGUCCAGAAUUACGCUAUUCUCAAUCAGGAUGACUCACAAGAGAAAACCAAAAUCUUAAUGAACUCCAAAAGAGACAAUUCCCACCCAUUUGUAGGCCUGGCUUUUAAACUGGAGGCAGGUCGAUUUGGACAGUUAACUUAUGUUCGCAAUUAUCAAGGAGAACUGAAGAAGGGUGACACCAUCUAUAAUACGAGGACAAGAAAGAAAGUGCGGGUGCAACGGCUGGUUCGCAUGCACGCCGACAUGAUGGAGGAUGUUGAGGAAGUGUUUGCCGGAGACAUCUGUGCAUUGUUUGGCAUUGACUGUGCUAGUGGAGACACAUUCACAAACAAAGACAGUAGUGGCCUUUCUAUGGAGUCCAUUCAUGUUCCUGAUCCUGUUAUUUCAAUAGCAAUGAAGCCUUCUAACAAGAAUGAUCUGGAAAAAUUUUCAAAAGGUAUUGGCAGAUUUACAAGAGAAGAUCCAACAUUUAAAGUCCACUUUGACACUGAAAGCAAGGAGACAAUUGUAUCUGGAAUGGGAGAAUUACAUCUGGAAAUCUAUGCUCAGAGGUUGGAAAGAGAGUAUGGCUGUCCAUGUAUCACAGGAAAGCCAAAAGUUGCUUUCAGAGAGACCAUUACUGCCCCUGUCCCGUUUGAGUUUACACAUAAAAAACAAUCAGGUGGUGCAGGCCAGUUUGGAAAAGUGAUAGGUGUAUUGGAGCCUCUGGACCCAGAGAACUACACUAAGUUGGAGUUUUCAGAUGAAACAUUUGGGGCAAAUGUUCCAAAGCAAUUUGUGCCUGCUGUAGAAAAGGGGUUUCUGGAUGCGUGCGAGAAGGGCCCUCUGUCUGGUCACAAGCUCUCUGGGCUCCGGUUUGUCCUGCAAGAUGGAGCACAUCACAUGGUGGAUUCCAAUGAAAUCUCUUUCAUCCGUGCAGGAGAAGGUGCUCUCAAACAAGCCUUGGCAGAUGCAACAUUAUGUAUUCUUGAACCUAUUAUGUCUGUGGAAGUCAUAGCUCCAAAUGAAUUUCAGGGAGCAGUGAUUGCAGGAAUUAACCGACGCAAUGGAAUAAUCACAGGACAAGAUGGAGUUGAAGACUAUUUUACACUAUAUGCAGAUGUCCCUCUAAAUAAUAUGUUUGGUUAUUCCACUGAACUCAGGUCAUGCACAGAGGGGAAGGGAGAAUAUACAAUGGAGUACUGCAGAUACCAGCCGUGUUCACCAUCCACACAAGAAGACCUCAUUAAUAAGUAUUUAGAAGCUACAGGUCAGCUUCCUGUAAAAAAAGGAAAAGCCAAGAACUAGUUUUCUUCAGUUUUUUGACUGAAUAUGCAAGGUUUAGAUACUUUAACGGACUCUAAUGGAAUGAAACCAGGCUGAGAACAAGUAAUUUUAGAAGCCCUUUCUAUUAAAUUCAGGAGCUUCUAUUAUAUCAAAGUCAAUUCUAUAUAUAUCUCCUCUAUUGAUUGGUUUUUACCUCAAAUAAAAUAUUAUUACGGAAAUACAUUUAAUACUGAUUUAAGGGGGAAGAGGCUUAUUUCUGUUAUACUUCUAAGCUUAGAACGUGUAUAAACUUCCAAAUUUUUUAUAAGAAUUUUCAACAUACAGAAAAGCUGAAAAAACAGUACAGAGAGUGGCCAUAUACCUUCCAUUUGGACUCAACAGUGGACAAUUUUGGUAACAGUUUGUUGAUCAAAUAAUUUCCUUUGUCAUGUUUGCUUUAUCUGUUUGUCUGUUGUCCAUGUAUGUCUUAUACUUCCAUUUUUUUUAAAAAUUGUUUUGCUGAAUACUUGGAAGUGAAUUGCAUAUAUCAUGAUACUAUCUUGGAUUGUCAUCUUUUAAUUGGCAGCCUUUUUAAGAGUGGAUUCCUUUGUGACAACGUGGAUGACCCUAGAAGAGAUUAUGCUAAGUGAAGUAAGUCAGAGAAAGAUAAAUACUGUAUGAUUCUUACCUAUAGGUGGAGUGUAAAAAAACAAAUGAACAAACAUUAAAAUGGAAGCAGACUCAUAGAUACAGAGAACAAACAGGUAGGUGUUUGUUAGAGAGGAGGGAGGAGUCAGGAGAGAGGAGUGAAAUAGGUGAGGGAGAUUAAAAGGUCCAUACUUCCAGUUACAAAAUAAAUGAGUCCUGGGAAUAAAAUUAUUUUUUAAGGAAUGGAUUCUAUAUGAUCUUAAUAGAGAAUGUUUUUCAGAUUCUUUAUUUGGACAUUAAAAUGCUAGCUAGAUUUCUAGCUAUUUUAUGUAGAGCUGAUUGCUUCAAUUUGUGGCUUCCGCAGAUUUUUAUCUGCUUGUUUUUAGGAGUGUAAAUGUUACUUUUUGCAGACCUAUGAGGUGAAAAACAGACCCUUGCAUAUGCUUUUCUUAUCUAUAUUCAUCUUAGUGUUUCUGUAGCUCAAAAUAAUAAAAAAUUUAUAAUUAACAGGCUUGCUGCCUAGUCUGUUUCAUUCACCUUGUAAAUGCUAGCUGAAUUUGAGUCUGUUAGAAUUUAUCAUGUAUUGUAUUCAUUGAGAUUGUGAAAGAACAAAUGUUAAGCUUUUGUUCCUAGAAUAUGUUGGACUUUGCCAGACAAUUCCACCAUAUUCAGAAUUGCCUCAUCCAAAAAUCAUCUGAUGUAAUAGACAUGCCCUAGUCCUUUCCCUUAGUGAAUAAUACAAAUAAAAUAACUGGCUUAAAUUU